AAAAGUUCACCGCUUUGCUCACUGGUUCCCUCACUUGUUUUUCCCUCCUUUCGUCUUCCUCUCAGCAAAAUCCUCUCCGCUCUUCCCUUUUCAGUUUUGGGUCUUCCCGAUUUUCUCUGUUGGACAUUGCAAUGUGGUGGAUUUUUGCCUCUGUUCUCUGAAAUUUUGAGCUUCUUGCCCCGGACAUGGAUUUCUAGCCUUGGGUUGUUUCACAGCUCCAGCUUCGGCUUAGCAUUGCCUUGAAGGAACGGUUCGGGUUGUAAUUCACUACGCAAUGAAUGCGGCAUCCAAGGAAACUAUGAUGACUUCCAAUCAGACUACGAAAAUGUUUACUUAUGAGUUUCCUGAUGUUGACUCGGAUUUAUCUAUUUUCCCUGUUCCAGAAGAAGAUGUCUUAGGAGUGGAACAUUUCUUAGAACCUGACUUUAACAAAUGCUUUUCUGGCAGUGUUCUAGAUUUCAACACGUUCCACUCUCAUAAGUGCUUAAGCAUUGAAAAUUUUUCAUUCGCUGUUGAAUUUGAUCAGAUAAAGAUUGAUAGUGAAUCAUUGCAUUCUAGCCUUACACUAGAAGGAGAGAGAACCAAGCAAGAGGACCAUGAUGAAAAAUCACAAGGCACAGAUGAUGUUGUCUGUUCUGGGAUAAACAAACUUCCAGCAACGGUGAAGAGUCAAACUGCGGAUGACAUCUUCAAUUUGGCUCCUGGUUCAUGCAAUGCUUCUUUUCUAGGCAAUGUGAAUUUUGGUAGCUACUCACAAGGGCAUGAUGUGGCUUUCAGCCAGAACGAAGGCAAACUUAUGAUCUCAUCCAGAACUGGGUCGUCAGGCUGUUCAGGUAGCUCUACUGCAUGCUUGGAUGAUGAGAAUAUGUCAGAUGACAGGCCUAUGAAAAGGAAGCGACUUUCAAGUUGUGACUCCUCGAAGACAGGUUCUGAGCUUAAUGAAUCUAAAAUCAUUCCCUUCCAUGAAGGAAACAAAGUAGAUACACUUGUUACAGAAAAGAGAUUGCGAAAGCCGCCUAGGAGAUACAGCGAAGAGUCAAUUGAACAAAAGUCAAGAUCUACUAUCAAGAAGAGUGCUCAUAAAGCUUCCAAGGAUAAGUCUCUCCCCUCUGAAUCUCACAGGCAGAAUCACUGCCAAAAGAAACUUAAAGCAGCACCGAUCAUUCAUAAAGAUAAAUCGUUUAAUGGAGGUUGUAUUCAGGUUCCAUUCGGUCUUCCGAUAGAAGAAGGUCAAGUUCACUCGGCGAAAAAGAGAACAUGUUGGGACUCAGAGGGGAUGAAGGAUAAUAGAAUCUUGUGCAUAAAAGAUAAAAACGAUGUGGAGUCUUACUCGGCCGAGUCAGAAGAUGAGAAUACUGAAGACGAGUGCAUCACUAAAGGUAAUAAUACUCAAAAAGGCAGCAGUCGCAGGAAGCACCAUAUAUCAUGGACUCUUUCUGAGGUUAUGAAGUUGGUGGAAGGUGUUUCAGAGUAUGGUGUCGGAAGGUGGACAGAAAUUAAGAGGCUACAAUUUUCAUCAUCUUCACAUAGAACAUCUGUGGAUCUCAAGGACAAAUGGAGAAAUCUAUUGAAGGCAAGUGACACACAGUUGCAGAACAGAAGAAAGGUCGUCCUUGGUCGAAAGCAGGCAUCGCAGCAAGUACCGGAAUCAGUUCUUCGCCGAGUUCGGGAACUGGCCGCUAUUUAUCCAUAUCCAAGGGAAAACAAAUCCAAGGAAUCGUGCUCAAGCUCAGCCCCCUCAACUUCAUCCUUCAAAACUACCAGUAACAUGUUUGUUUCUUUGCCCACAGUUAUGUGAAGGAAGUUGAAUAGAGAAUCAGAUUGGUUUUCCUUUCCUUUUUUUUUUCCUUUUUUCUCUUUUCUUUUUAUUUUUUAAUUUUUAGUAAUUAGGAAGUUAGAAUGUGAAAGCUUUGUACUUCACUGGCUGAUUUGGCAAACAGAUACAAAACCUCCAUUCUGCUUUACUAUUGAACCCACCAAACAAUUCCUUUUCUUUUCUCUGAUGUA